AUGAAGUUCGGAGAGACGCUGAGGGCUCGAUCCAUCCCUGAGUGGGCACAUUUUAAUAUUGCCUAUGACGAGAUUAAAUACCUUAUCAAACAACACACGACCAACGACGCCGUCCCCGGCAAAUCCGUUGCGAUCCCCGGACAUGAAGAUGUCCGGGACGACGAGUUUGCGAAGGAUCUAUACCGCGUGCUCGAGAAGGAGCACGCGAGGACUUGCUUGUUCGUGAAGAGCAAGAAAGGAGAGGUCGAGAGGAGGCUAGAACUCGGUUCUAACGCUCGUGGAUUAGCGGACCUGAGGAAACGUUACCUUGCCAUCCAGGAGCGGUAUGAAGCCGCUCCGAGGAAACGCAUUCCGCCGAGGCGGUUGGAGAAGUUCGCGCAAUUGGAGAAUGAAAUUUUGAGGGCCGGUCAAAUAUUGAAAUCACUUUCCCGCUUUAUGGUCACACAGUACACGGCGUUCCAGAAGUUGCUGAAGAAGUAUCGACGAUGGACGAACGACACGGAGCUCCCGGAUCGAUUUCGCGAGAAAGUCUUGGGAAGACCGGGGGGCUUGCAGCGAGAGAACUUGGAUCCGCUGUUGGAUGAAUGGACACUGUUGCUGGCGGAAGUCCGGAGUCUCGUAACAACGCGAGCUGACGAUAGGCAGCUGCGUACGCUCAUCGGCGGGAAGGCGUCCGUGAUUAACGCUGCUUCUACCACGCGGAAAUCACCCGAUCCGACGGACCUUCCGGGGAUGGGAGCUGCCGGACGGAAAUGCUCUUCCCUUGAUUUCGACACGGGCAUUGCUACCCUCAGCUUUGAUCAGAAGUCCAAGCAUGCCUCGUACUGGAUUCACACCGACCAUAUCAUCGAAUUGCAUGUUCUCCUCCUCCAGCACUUGAAGCUUUUCUCUCCCAGCGAGCAAGACAAGCCCCGGCUAAGGACUGCAACAUCCUCAAGGAACAUCAGUCGACGACUGAGUGCUGAUAGUGGCAAUGGCCAAUCCAUAAUAGAGGGAGCAGAAGUUGGCUGUGUGAUCGUCGACGAUCUGGAGUUGUACGGGGAGAAACAGAGCGGCGGUGCCGAACCCGUAGCGCCGGCCGCCCUCGCUCGAUGGACGUCAACUGGCGAGGGGCGAGUGAUCGUUCCUAGAGAGGGUGCCACUGGGUUUGACGUUGCCCCUGUCAAACGCAAGCGACUUUCUGGGUUCCUCGAUCUUCACAAUGAAUAUAUCUACAGCCAACGCGGCUCGGGGAUCGCCUUAGGCAAACGAUCGAAUCCGAAUGGCGCACCGUCCUCGAAAUCGAGUGUAGGAGCGGAUGAAUCGUCGUUACAGCAAAAGGAGCGUGAUGAAAGGAACGUUCGGUCAUGGUUGAUGGAGCAUCCGAACCUGAAACCGCAGGCCACGGUCAUGUCGCAGCGGACAAGGUUUGUCGGCCUGACGAACAAUGCGGAGCAAGGGAUAUGGGUGGCACUGGAUCGUGGAUUGGAAAUCUACCCCGGACUGGAGACAACACCAGGCGAUUCGAAUUCCGUCCUCGGAGAGCAACGUGCUCCCAUCCACUUUCCCUUUGCCCUACUCACGGUUUUGUCCGUCGGUCCUCAUAACUUGUUCAAAACGCUGGACUCCUCCCAUCUGCUCCAGCGCGUCUUCAAUUUCAACCUCGCCACCCAUGCCAUCUGGGAAUGCCACCUACCAGCGGACCUGAUGUCCCCUCCCUCGUGGCUUGACCUGCUGUCCAAGGACAUCCGGAAGAUCCCGAAAGACGCGACCCCCCGGCGGCGACGCAGCACGAAUCCGCGAAUUACCCCCACGUCCUCCGGCCAGGCGAGCAACGCCCAGAGCGCGGGGAACAUCAGCAGCGGCGCCGAACGAGCAAGCCGGGGAGGCGAAACGUCAGCGACAUCGAUUACGAUAGCGAGCGAAUCCGGCGGUGCGGAUGCCCGAUCUUCUGUUGUGAUUGCAGAUAUUGCUGUGCCUCCUAGCGGUGCCGAACCGUAUCGUUCCCAGCACAAAUCCCGAGGCCAACACUGGGAGCGCAUUUCCCGCGCGCGACGCGCUCGCAUACAAGUUGCCGAGGCCAACCGCCUCGGUGGCCAUCCGAAGUUACUAUCGGCCAACGCGGCGCGGUACUGGUCUGAGUACGACAACCCCGAAGACGAAUCGAACGAGAACGCCUACGUCAUCUACAUCGACCCCAACGAUCACGGCACCCCCUUUCUCGAUUUCUUCUCCUCCCUCCCCACCCGCAUCGCCUCCCUUUUCUCCGCUGCCGAUCCGCCCAUCGACGAUUCCUCUCCCCUCAUCGAAUCCGAUGACUUUCCCACCCACAGGUCCACCCUCCACCGACCCAGCACCUCCUCCUCCUCCUCCUCCUCCUCCUCCUCCGCCGCCGACUCCGACAACUCCCCAACAACCACUCACCCUCCCCGCGCCUAUAGCACAUUCGCCCCCCCCUCCCAACCCACGCCCCCCCCGUGCCCGCUCCCAACAUCACCGUCUCCAUCCAUCCACACACCCUCUUCCCUACCUCUCCCCCCUCCGCGCCACCGCCGCCGCCCACGCCCUCCUCCGCCGCCGCGUCGCCUGGGCCUGCGUCCUCGCCGCCGCGCUCCUCGCCGGCGUCGUAGCGCUUUUGAUCAGUGUCGGACGGCACCGGUUGCAGGGGGCGGUGUAUCUGGGCGGAGUGGUGGGGGCAGUGUCGAGUUUAGUGUUUGUGGGGAUUGGGAUGGGGUAUGCGACAUAUCUUGGGCAUCUUGGGCACCUCGCCCCACUACGGCUUCUUCAAGACUAGAGUAUUAUCAACGACCCCUAACUGCGCCCGCCAUCUACGCCAUAUCCUCGACCGUCCGCCGCUCGCCCGCCCCAAACUCAAAGCUCCCUACCGACCCCGGCACCACCGUCGACGGCCUCGACUGCGGAAUCGGCCCCAACGCAGUGAUCGGCGCCCCAUAA